AUGCCAACGGUAAAGGAGAGCGAGGACACAGCCCGCGUAAGACUCUAUCUCACAGACGGUUCCCCCCCCCCGCCCCCCCACCCCCCCCCAGUUGACGUUGGGGAUAGCCAGGCCCCCAGGCUAUUGGCAAACCAGCUAAGAUGGGACCUGACUGCGGAACAGAUAGAAAACAUGGCUGCAGAGCUCACGGAGAGAACCAAGCUUGUGUACGACCGGGUGGGCUCCCAGGAGCAGGGCGAGGUGUCCUACGAAAACACUCUGAAGGCACUGGCUGAUGUGGAAGUGGAAUAUACGGUCCGUCGGAACAUGCUGGACUUCCCCCAGCACGUCUCUCCUUGCAAAGACAUCCGUGCGGCGAGCACCGAGGCUGACAAGAAGCUCUCGGAGUUCGACGUGGAGAUGAGCAUGAGGCAGGACGUGUACCAGAGGAUUGUCUGGCUCCAGGAGAAGGCAGAGAGCGCUUCACUGAAGCCUGAAGCAAAGAGGUAUCUAGAGAGGCUGAUCAAAUUGGGUAAAAGAAACGGUCUCCAUCUCCCUGAGGAAACGCAGGAGAAAAUCAAAGCCUUGCUGCUUGCCAGCAGGGCCAGACGGGAGGAAAAUUGCCUGAUCCUCAAGGAGCUGGUGGACUUGCGUGCUCAGAAAGCCAGUCUCCUGGGCUUCAACACGCACGCGGACUUUGUGCUGGAGAUGAACAUGGCUAAAAGCAGCAAGACCGUGGCUACGUUCCUGGAUGAGCUGGCCCAGAAGCUGAAAGCCCUUGGGGAGAAGGAACGGGCUGUGAUCCUGGACCUGAAAAAGAAAGAAUGCGAGAAGCGCGGCCUGGAGUUUGACAACCGCAUCAAUGCCUGGGACAUGCGCUAUUACAUGAACCAGGUGGAGGAGACCAAGUACAGCGUGGACCAGAAUCUGCUGAAGGAGUACUUCCCCAUGCAGGUGGUCACCAUGGGCCUGCUGGCCAUUUACCAGGAGCUGCUGGGGCUCACCUUCCAUCUGGAAGAGAAGGCUCAGGUCUGGCACGAGGACGUCCAGCUCUACACGGUGAAGGACACCUCCUCCGGGGAGACCAUCGGCAAAUUCUACCUGGACCUGUACCCGCGGGAAGGGAAGUACGGGCACGCAGCCUGCUUCGGCCUGCAGCCGGGCUGCCUUUUGCCGGACUCCAGCCGGCAGAUCUCGGUGGCUGCCAUGGUGGCCAACUUCACCAAGCCCACGCCGGAUGCGCCUUCCCUGCUGCAGCACGAUGAGGUGGAGACCUACUUCCACGAAUUUGGGCAUGUCAUGCACCAGCUGUGCUCUCAGGCGGAGUUUGCCAUGUUCAGUGGGACGCACGUGGAGCGGGACUUUGUCGAGGCACCGUCACAGAUGCUGGAGAACUGGGUGUGGGAGAAGGAGCCGCUGCUGCGCAUGUCCAGGCACUACAAAACUGGAAGCCCCAUCCCUGAUGAGCUGCUGGAGAAGCUCAUUAAAUCCCGGCAGGCAAACACGGGGCUCUUCAACUUGCGUCAGAUCGUCCUGGCCAAGGUGGACCAGGCGCUGCACACCCAGACGAAGGCCGACCCCGUGGAGGUGUUUGCCCGGCUGUGUGAAGAGGUGCUGGGCGUCCCUGCCACCCCAGGUACAAACAUGCCCGCUACGUUUGGCCACUUGGCCGGAGGCUACGAUGCCCAGUACUACGGCUACCUCUGGAGCGAAGUGUACUCCAUGGAUAUGUUCCACACACGCUUCAAGCAGGAGGGGAUCAUGAACUGUAAGGUGGGCAUGGAUUACAGGAAUUGCAUCCUGCAUCCCGGCGGUUCCCUGGAUGCUUCCGACAUGUUGAGGAAGUUCCUGGGCCGCGAGCCCAAGCAGGACGCCUUCCUGGCCAGCAAAGGACUGAAGGUGGAGAGCAACUCGCUGCCUUCGGCCUGCUGAGAAACUGCUCCAGCCCGUUUGAGUCAAGCCAGCUCCUUCGUCUACGCACCAGUCCUCUCAGGCCAAGCAGCACCCGGUACUUCUGUCACCAGACGCGUCCUGGGCCAACCCCCGCCUGGAGCUGUUCCUCCGGGAUCCUGCUCCGAGCUCACCCUGGGCUUCGGGAGCCCGGUUCAGCCCCGGUCCAGGGCUCUGCGGUGACAGCUCUGCAAAGGGAGUUGAAUUGCCUUUGUCACCCCCCCCGAGGGGGACGGGGCUGGCGGUAGCCCACACAAAUUGGCUGAACUUUGAAUCUGAUUUCUGCACGAGGGUGAGUUUCGGCCUCGUUUAUAUAGCCGGGGAGGAGGGUGAGAGGAGUUACCAAACUUGAAUCAUUGUUUUAAAAUCCCUUUUUUUUUAAGAAAUGAGACUUCCCACCGGGCUUGGCUUGUUUUGUGCCCCGGGGCAGACUUGCUGUUCUGAGCACGAAACAAGCCGCCUGAGAAACUGCUUUGGGAGUCGUGCUCUCCCCCGUCUUUGGGCAGC